AUGCUCGCCACCCUCCUCCCCGCCGUCCUCCUCCUCGCCGCCCAGUCAGUCGCAGCCCGCACCUGCUACAAUGGCUACGGCCGUCCGUACCACUGCAGUGGCCUAUCCUAUGGUGCCAGAAUCGGCAUAGGAAUCGGAAUUGCCGCUGGUGUUCUCUUGCUCUUCUCUCUUUGUGGUUUCUGGCGUCGCCGCCAAUUGCGAAGCCAGUUCUCCAAGUACAGGCCCCCAGCUCUCCCCUUCAAUGGCCAGCAACAGGCGCCCCAGGGUCAGAACCCGUACCAAAACAACCCGCCUCCUCCUACUUGGAACAACAAUGCUCCUGCUCCCCCUCCUGCCACUUACCAGCGGGGCUCGGCCGGCGCUUAUGGCGCUAGCACGACCGGUGCCGAGGGCCACGAGCACGGAUACGAGUGGGAGCAGGCUAGGCAGCAGGAGGAAGAGGAGAGGAGGAACAAGACCUCAGGUACCAAUGAACCUGCUCCUCCCGGUUAUGACAUUGCCACUAGCACCCAGAACACUGGCAAUGCUGGCACCACCACAUACGCUCCCCCUGCUGGGCCUCCUCCGGGCAAGUAG